UCCAUUUGCCUGUCCCCGCUCAAAAAUAAAAUAAAAUUCCCUGUCAAAAAAGUUGAGCAUUUGGUAGAUCCCCAAUUCCGCCGCCGGCCACCCCGACGAUGGCGCCGCCGCAUCCAGCGCCACCGCCGGAGACGCCGAUCUUCCGAACCCCAGACGAGCUCCUCCACGACAUCUUCUUCCGCCUCCCCACUGCCGCCGACCUGGCCCGCGCCUCCGCGGCGUGCCCCUCCUUCCGCCGUCUCAUCACCGACCACGCCUUCCUCCGUCGCUACCGCGCCCUCCACCCGCCGCCUCUCGUCGGCGCGUUCGACGACAGCGCCUUCAUCCCGGCCCAGCCGCCGCACCCCUCCGCCGUCGCCGCCCGCGCCUUCGCCGGCUUCGACUUCUCCUGCUCCUCCUUCCUCCCGUCCACCGCCAGCCUUACCUGGAGCGCGAUUGACUUCUUGGACGGACGCGCCCUCCUCGAUAGCGCCCCAGUCCCACGCGAACGCGGCAGCUCUCAUCUGCGCGGCCUCCAGUACCGCUAUUUGUCGGCCAGGGACCUCGCCGUGUGCGACCCCGUGCACCGCCGCUACAUCCUGCUUCCCGCCGUCCCCGGCCACCUGAAAGCGCUGGUCAGUGAACCGGACCUCCUCCAUCUGGAGACUUUCCUUGCUCCCGGCGAUGAUGAGGAGGACCCGUUGUCAUUCAGGGUAAUGUGCUUGGUGCAAUGCAGAACGAAUAUGGUGCUGCUCGUCUUCUCCUCGUUGGACGGGCAGUGGCAUUCUCUUGCAUUUGACCUGUGGAGUGCUCAGGCUCCACUUGAAGACCCCAGGGAUGGGCUCUCAGAUCGUCAGUUCGUCCACGGAUGCUUCUGUUGGCAUUUUCCCCUCCUGAACAAGUUGGUUCUGCUUGAUACACGCACCAUGGAGUUCUCUGCUGUCAACCUACCUCCUGAACUAGGAUGGAGUAGCGAUUUUGUCAUUGUCGAGGCAGCAGAAGGAAUGCUCGGAAUGCUCGCUGAAGUUUAUGACAAGGACAACAUAUAUGACCCAUGUUGGCUGAAUUAUUCCAUUCUGAGAAAUAACCAAUGGCACUUGGAGAAGGUCAUCCCGUUGCCGGGACUGCAUCAUGUUGUUCUGCUUGGUGUAGGCGGGGGAUACCUGCUCAUAGGAGCCAUGUACAUCACAUCUUCUGGAGAGGAGGUGAAGUUUGGGUUAUUUUCGGUGGACGUCAAGACGUUGCAGGUCGAGUUGUUCGCUCAGCGUAGCAAAGUCAUCUUCUCUGGUCGACUAUAUGCUGGUUUCCCACCAUCAUUAUGUGCACCAACCAUAUGAAGUGGUGCUGAUGCCGUGUGGAACAAGAGUUGAUUUCCUCUGAGAGCGUGUCGUGGUGUAGGAAGAGAAAGUGUGAUGAACGGAUUAGAAGCAUUCCUGGUCCUGGCACGCCGAGACUCGAGAGCGAAGCGCGGAUUGGAUGUAUUCUUUGCUUCUUCAAUGCUGACGCCUUGUCGAGCCCUAUGAUGUGUGCCUGUGUACAAUCUUGUUUGCCCGGUUACAACGUUUGAAGCCUGUUCCGAUCUCUGAACUUUUAGUUGCUGACUGUUUACGAACCAAUGGAUCUAUGAACUUUUUCUA